GGUUUGCUUUCAGUGUACUGCAAGUGUAACUGUUAGGUGUUUGUGGAAUUAGGGAUUUUUGUGUUGAGAAAUGAGAGAGGGUUUAAGAUCUCAGACUCGAUUGGGGAAUGUUUGUGCUGGCGGGGGUGAUGGUGUAAAGAGUGUUCCUUUCGAUUUAGGUGGUGAAGGUUCGCAGGUUGGUGGGGAGGUGUUAGGGUCAGUGGUUGCGGAGAAGGAGGAUAAUGUCGUUGAAAGAGAUGCGAAGGAAGAAUGUGAUGCUGAUUUGGGUGCUAGUACUAGUGGGAAAGGGGAUGCUGAAUCAGUUGAGGGUGGGGGCAAUGAGGGCUGUGAAGAUGGUGGUGUUGAAAGGAUGGUAGAGAGUGAGAGAGAAGAGUUGACAGAGUCUGUAACUAUAGGUGGUCGAGUGUUGCGUUCCAGGACAAAGAGGCCAGAAAAUGAAAAACCUUGCAGUGGAGGGAAUAGUGGUGGUGUAGUUGUUUCAGGGAGAGGCGGGGGACAUGGUGGUCUUAGGAGGGUAACAGUCAAGAAGGAUAGUGAAGAUGAUGAUGAUUUUGUUCCUAAUGGUUGUGCGAAUAAGGGGGUUGGGCUGGAGAAGAAACGGAAGCGUGGGAGGCCUCGGAAAGUAAAGUUGGAAGAAUCAGACGAGUUAGGUAUGGUGAGUUGUGGGAAUGAGAAGGUUGAGCUGAAGAAGGAUGUGAAUGGCAGAAAGAAGAAGCGGAAGCGCGGGAGGCCUCCUAAAGUGAAGGUGGAAGAUCCGGAUAAGCUAGUUGAGCAGUCUCCAAGGAAGAGGGGUAGACCCCCCAAGGUUCAUGGACAAAACCAUCUCCCAAUAAUGGUGCAUGAUAGAAAAGUCAAUGUGCGCCGUCGAAAAGGUAAAAAAGGUUUAACUGCAACGGUUGGUGCCAAAGCAAAUGGGAUUGCUUAUUGGAGCUCAAGGAGAUCUUCUCAGAAAGAGCUAGAAACGAAGGGAAUUUCUCCUGUGAAGGAUGAUAAAUUAGGGAAGUUUUUGGAAACUGAGAGCAAUGGGGUUUGUGAGGGAAUAAGCGGAGAAAUAAUGGAAGGAAGAAAGCAAGAACUAGGAAAGGAUGGAAGGAAGAAAAAAAUGCGGAAGGAAGGAAGGAAGGAAGAAAAGCAGUUAGUCAGGGAAAAGAUUAUGGAGCAGAUUUUAGCUGCUGGCUGGACAGUUGAUUAUAGACCUAGGAAUGGAAGGGAAUACAAGGAUGCCGUGUAUGUUAGUCUAGAUGGUAAGACACACUGGUCUAUCACCUUGGCUUACAAUAGGCUUAAACAACAUUACGAAGCUGCUGAUGGUGAAGGAACGGUAUAUGGGCCAGGUUUUGAAUUUACACCAAUACCUGAAGCGGAUUUCCAAAUGCUGACCAAGGUAAUGAAAAAGCAAAGAGGAAGUAAAAAUAAAAAGAUGCAAAAUGGGGUGAAGGGUAAAAAGUGGAAGAAAGGAAAAGCAGGUUCGCAUGCAGGCAUGGGUAAAUCUGCGAAGCGGAAAAUGAAAAGGAAAUGGACAGAGGACGAUGACACAGAUGUUAUGUUGCCUAAUAAAGUGUCAGGUCUGGUCAGGGAUCAUAAGAGACAUAAAACACAAAGCAAGAAGCGAGGUGCUCCAUUGGUUCGCAAUGCUGAGGUUGAUAUAGAUUCAGAAGUUAAUGGAUAUGUACCAUACUGCGGAAAACGAACUGUACUUGCAUGGAUGAUAGAUUUGGGAACAAUUCUGCAAGAUGGGAAGGUUCAUUAUAUGCAACUUGGAGAGAACAAUGUGUUAUUGGACGGUAAGAUCACAGGAGAUGGCAUUCAUUGCGGCUGCUGUAAUGAAGUCAUAACGAUUUCAGAUUUUGAAGCUCAUGCAGGAAUCAAACACUCUGAUCCACUUAAAAAUAUACACAUAGAGGGAGGAACUUCCCUCUUGCAAUGCCUACUAGAUUCAUGGAAUAAACAGGAUGAGUGUGAACGUAAAGGUUUUCAUUUUGUUGAUGUUGCUGGCGAGGAUCCAAAUGAUGACACAUGUGGUGUCUGUGGAGAUGGGGGAGACUUGAUCUGCUGUGAUGGUUGCCCAUCAACCUUCCACCAGAGUUGCUUGGAUAUAAACAAGUUCCCAUCCGGUGACUGGCACUGUGUAUAUUGUUGUUGCAAAUUUUGCGGGUCGGUUGGUGGUAGUUCAAAUCAGACAGAUGAAAAAGAUGGUUCUGCUAUGUCAACCUUACUCACAUGCCGUUUAUGUGAAGCAAAAUACCACAGAGACUGUGCAGAAGAAAAUGGUGCCAAGCCUGAUGAUUCCAGAGAUGCCUCCUUUUGUGGAAACAGAUGCCAAGAGUUAUCAGAGAGGCUUGAAAUGCUUCUUGGGGUUAAGCGUGAAAUUGAAGAUGGAUUUUCUUUGACUUUAAUUCGGAGAUCAGAUGUUGCCCUUGAUGUUUCUCAGACAAAACCUGAGAUAAUUGAACGUAAUUCCAAGCUGGCUGUUGCAUUAUCGGUAAUGGAUGAGUGCUUCAUGCCAUACAUUGAUGAGAGAAGCGGGAUUAAUCUGAUCCAUGGCAUUCUAUAUAAUUGUGGGUCAAACUUCAAACGUCUGAACUAUAGUGGAUUCAUUACUGCAAUUCUCGAGCGAGGGGAUGAAAUCGUUGCUACUGCAACUAUCAGGAUUCAUGGAAAUCAACUAGCAGAGAUGCCAUUUAUUGGGACCCGUUUUAUGUAUAGGCGACAAGGGAUGUGCCGCCGGCUUCUAAAUGGCAUUGAAUGUGCACUUAGCUCUUUAAAUGUUGAAUUAUUGGUCAUACCAGCUAUCUCAGAAAUGAGAGAAACUUGGACUUCUGUUUUUGGGUUUGAGCCGCUUGAAUUGGAAAACAAGAAAAUAAUAAAGAGCAUGAGUCUGUUGAUAUUCCCUCAUGUAGAUAUGCUGCAGAAGAAGAUGUUGAAGCAUAAGUUUGCUGAGGAAACUGUGAUUACUGCAGAAGCUUCCAAUCUUCUGAAAGAUCAUACAGAAGGCGAGGUGGCAAAUAAUUGUGAAGGGGCAGAAUCAUUUGGAUCUCAGUCAAUGAACAAUUCUGCCGACAUCCCUUGUUCUAAUGAUGACCAGAUGAUGGAUAAAACCAUGCCUACUGAAUCUGGCAGUCUUCUUCCUGAGGGUUCAUUGAAUAACUUACCCAACAAUAAUGGCAACACUAAACUUCAUGAUAAAUGUCCAGAAGAUAUCACAUGCCAAGUUGUUUGCCAUGAAAAUUUGCCAGUGGAAGACAUAAGCACUGCAAAUCCCCCUGAUGAUGGAACUGAAGACGCCGGUACACGUAAGAAUACUAGUCUUGAUUGCGUCGAGCUGAACGAUGAUGAGAAGCAAGUAGAUUUAGAUGGUCAAUCAAACAACUGCUGCAAUACUUAUGAGGAAACAGAAUGUCUUAGAGAUGGUUGUCACUCUGGUGAAGCAGUUCCUACAACCAAUGACUCGGUGCACCUUCAGUCAAAGGACAUCACUGAAGAUUGUCCCGAUAAUUGCGAAACAAACUCCAAAGUGGUAACCACACCAGGCUCUGAUGAAGCCGAAGUACACCCAACUGAACCACCUAAGCACCAGACAGAUACAGAAGAUUGCCAAUCCUUUCCUGUAUCUUCUGAUUUAUGUGAGAAGUUUGUGGAUUGUGUUGAUGAUAAUAGUAAGCCAUCCACAGAUGUUAAGGCCGAUUCCUUUCCCGCUGAUACAGACAGAAAUCCAAACGACGAACAUCUGACAAAGGGAUCACCAGGGCUACCGGAGCACGACUUGCAGGUCGAUCAAAAUCCGCAGGGCAAUGCUCCGACCCUGUGUACUCCAAACACUGCUUCUAGCGUAGCUCUUAACUGUGCUUCUGUGGGUGCUGGCAGUACUUCUUGCAGUAGUACUGAGGUGAUAGUUCUGUCAAACCAAGCCAGUUGACUUCUAUGUUCCAUUUGUAGUCUUAAGUAGGUUAUCUGUUUUGGGGUUAUUCACUGACUUAGGUUAUUUCUAGCAGUGCAUUCUGGAAAGGUAAUUUGACUAGAUUUUUUUGUCAGUAUAACAAAAGUAUUCUGAGGAAGUGUCCUGGAAAAGAAUGUUGUAAGGGCAAUCUUUAGUCUAAGAUGUCAAUUUUUUUGGGUGGCCAAUAGGGUUAUGUAUGUUUGGCUGCCCAUGGUAAUAGGCUAAUAGCCAAAGUGAUGUAAAUGGUAGUGCUUUUAAUUCUAGUCUUAAAAUUUCUGUUUCACUAGUUGCAUUUCAUACAAUAUCUGCUAGUAAAACUGAGAAUUACUCCUCUA